CCACUGCUGAUGUUCCUGGACAGUGUGGAUCAGCUGACGGGCGCAACAGACGUCAACAAGGUGCUCUGGCUGCCCACGCGCCUACCGCCGCACGUCAAGAUUGUUGUGUCGUGUGUGUACGAGGAGAACGACCCUGCCAUAUCACAAGACUGCAUCACGCUGCGCAAAAUAAUUGAAAAUGAUGACAACUUCCUGGAGGUGAAGUCUCUCGGAUAUGACCUCGCCAUGGACGUGAUCAAGCGCUGGAUGGUGGACGGCCACCGGGACCUCAACAACUACCAGAUGCGGAUGGUGAGCAACGCGCUCGGCCGCUGCUCGUUGCCCAUCUUCGUCAAGCUCGUGUUCGCCGAGAUCUGCCGCUGGAAGAGCUACUCGCGGCCGCAGGACACCCACCUGGCCAGCAACGUCAUGGACUCCAUCAUGAUGCUCUUCGAGAAAAUCGAGAAGCAGCACGGACGUCUGCUGGUGUCGCACGCGCUGGCCUACAUCACCGCCUCCAAGUCUGGCCUCUCCGAGUCCGAGCUGGAGGACCUCAUUUCACUGGAUGACAAGGUACUCGAUGACGUGUACCAGUACCACCUGCCGCCGGUCCGGAGAAUCCCACCGCUGCUCUGGACCAGGAUCAGGAACGAUCUGCCCAACUAUCUCUCCGAGCGGGAGGCGGACGGGGUCAGCGUCCUCAACUGGUACCACAGACAGUUCAAAGAGGCGGCCAAGAAGCGUUACUUCACGAACCAGAACCUGAGCCAGUAUUUCCACUCGUCCAUCGCCGACUACUUCCUGGGCAUCUGGGGCGGUGGCACGCCCAAGCCAUUCCGGUUUACCGAGAUACAGCGGCACAGGUUCAACCUGAAGGAGAAGGAGGGUGAGGCGGACCGCAAGGUGCCCUUGCAGCCGCUGGUGUUCCACGCCAAGGACGGCACCGUCUCCCGCUACAACCUCCGCAAGUUCGGAGAAUUACCGUUCCAUCUAGUGCGCGCCCGUCGGUUCGCCGGCCUCUACGAGCACGUCCUCUUCAACUACCAGUGGCUGCAUGCCAAGAUGUGCUCGUGUCCGCUGCAGGCGGUGCUCAGUGACUUCGAGGACGCGUGCAACAACGUCCACGACCGAGAGGCGUCUAGGGAGAUGAUGCUGGUGGCGGACGCGCUGCGGCUGGGUGGCGCCAUCUUGUCCGUGUACCCGGACAUGCUGGCGUCGCAGCUGGUGGGGCGGCUCCUGCCCGAGCGGGCGGCCAACGCCAAUGUGCGCGCGCUGCUCGAGCUCUGCGACGAGGAGGGACCGCGCGACUGUGCCCUGCUGCCCACCUACCACUGCCUGCACACGCCCGGCGGCCCACUCAAGUACUCGCUGGAGGGCCACCAGUUCGCCGUGUUCGGGUUCCGCUUGACGGCCGACCUGCGCUACAUCGUCUCCGUCAGCAACAAGUUCGUCACCUGGGACCUGAGCACGAGCGAUCUGACGCGCGAGACCAACCCGCGCAUCGAGGGCAUCAUGCAGGGUCUGCAGCUCAGCCCCGACAACAAGUACGCCUCGGCGCACAGCAGCAAUAACCAGACGGUAGCUAUCAACCUGAUGACCAGCGAGUACGUGGUGGUGGAGAACCCGCACCCGGAGUAUGACAUCGUGGGCACCCAGCUCUCCAACAGCCGACUGGUGAUCUACAGCCAGGCGGGCAGCGUGCUGUUCGACCUGCGAGGCCAGGAGCUCGAACGUUGGGACAACACCACCGGACACCAGGUGCUCGCGAUGGACUUUGUGUCCGAGAGUGAACACUCGACCAUCUACCGAACGAGCGACGAUCCGAACAGGAUGCGUCUGGCGUCCGUUCUGGAAGGCCGGGUACUGGAGCCUCUGGAAUUCUUCAGCGCCCUGGUGACGGAGAUGCCCGGCCGGGGCCGCGUGUUUACGUGCCAGGGCGACGACGACCUGGGCGUGGCGGUACUGAGCCGCGGCCGCCAGCGCUACUCCCAGCUGGAGUUGCUGGAGAACAGGCAGCCCCUGCUGCAGCUGCAGCUGGAGGACAACGGCGCCUACCUGCUCGGCACCUUCAUGCAGGGGUUCCAGAUCUGGGACCUGAGGACGACCGUGACGGACAGCAAGAGGCGGCCGUGCACCAGCCUCCUGCUGCCGCACGGAAUCCGCAACGUCAGCUCGCGACCGAUGCGGUCCAACUCGUGUGUGCUCAGCCUGGAGAAGGACUACGCCAUUGCCGGCGUCAGGAAGAGUCUGUACGUGUGGAGUUUGCAGACCUGUAAGCUGAUGAAGGUGUUGGACGCCCACUUCGGCCGCAUCAUCCACACGACGUCACUCACCGUCGGCACGUGGAACUCGGUCAUCACUUCAUCGCUGGACCGGACGGUCAAGGUGUGGAACAUCAACAACAUCUUCGAGCAGGUGUACCACAUCGACCGGCACGAGAUGCAGGUGGACUCCAUCAGCCUCUCCCAGAGGCGCGACAUUGCCGUGACGGUGGCGCGCAGCUGCGUGGGCAUCUGGCACCUGAAGCUGGGCAAGCUGCUCAACCGGCUGGCGGACUCGCCGCUCGGCGCCAUCGUCACCCACGCCGAGGUCACCACCGACGGCAGCUACAUCGUCAACACCGAGUCGGGAAACAUCUUGAUCUGGAACGUGACGACCGGCGAGGUGCUCUUCCGCACCGAGGAGAAGAACGUGAAGCAGCUGACCCUGUUCGACAAGGACACCAAGUUUCUGUCCGUCUGCAAGACGGGCUCCAUCGGAGACAGCCGAUGCGUGGUGACGGCCAGGACCAUCCCGUCCGGCGAGCAGCUGUACCAGAUCGAGUACCCGAUCCGGCUCCUGCGCAGCGUCGUGGUCACCUCCGAUAAUGUCCACCUGGUGUUGCCUGGCAACGAGGCGCUCAAGGACACGCUGUUCGUGCACAACGCCAAGACCGGCGCGCUCAUCAACAAGAUGGUUCUGAAGUACUCCAACUACAAGGACUUCCACCAGAUCGUGGUGAUGCCCAACAAGCCGUCGCAGGUGGCGCUGAUCGACUCGGACAAGGGUAACCUGCUGGACGUGCGCACGCGCCGCUUCCUGCGCUCGGUGCCGCGCUGGAACGGCUCGGUCACGCGCGACGGCCGUCACGGCCUGUUCGCGCCGGCCCGCGGCGGUCUGGAGGUGAUCGAACUCCGCCACGGCACCAGCGUGCGGACGCUGAUUCCGCGCGUGGCUCAGGGCGUCUUCAGCGUCAUCACUAGGUUCACCAAGACGGACCGCUACGUCCUCUACUACCACAGCGGCAGCAAGACGCUCCGGGUGUUCAGAAUGAACGACGGCAAGAUGGUGGCCAACUACCGCGUGCCGGCCGAGCUCACGGCCAUCAACAGCUCCGACGACGGCAAGAGCAUCGUGCUGGGCACGGUGGACGGCUGCCUGACCUGCCUGACCGUGGCCGACCCCAAGGUGGCCGAGAUGGCCGGCUACGUAACUCGCCUGCCGUCCAGGAGCGAAGAGUCGUGGACGGCUGCGGAGGAGGCAGCGAAGCAAGUCAUCCACUUCGCCGACCCGGUAACAGCAGAUGAAGACUGA